ACCCCACUCCGUAAUUAAAUCCUCCUCCCAACAGCGGUCGAGCGCUCGCCGAAUCCUAUUUUCCUCUCGGCGGCUCCUCAAAUCUCGAUCGAGCGAUCUCUAGGGUUUAUCCGAUUUCCUGUAAAAAUUCCACCGAUUUUUGAACCCAUGGCGGAUCUCAGACCGAGAUCUCCCAGCAAUGGCGUCGAGAAGGCGAUUUGGGCAUCCAAGAUCCUUUUUUUCCUUCUUGGGAUCCUCUCCGCCUUGAGGCUCGCCGUCCCUCCCGCCGCCGCCGCCCUGUCCUCCGCUCUCCCGCGCCUCUCGGCCUCGCUCUGUUACUGCCUCGCGCCGCCGUACCUCCUCGUCGUCAUCAAUCUCAUCAUCCUCCUGAUAUGGAAGCUCUCCGACCAGAGGCACCACCACGGCGAGCCCUGCCACGUCGAGGAGAAGCCGUCGGAGGUGGCAGAUAUUGUAAAGAUCAAACCUUCCGAGCCUCCUCCUCCUUCUCCUCCCGCUGUCUCUCUCUCGCCCGACACAAGGCCCUUCUCUUGGCCCCACAUCCCGCCGUCGCCAGAGCCCGAUGAAACUCCAGAUCCAGACUCCGGUGACUCCCAGCUCACCGACUCCCACGCAACGGACGACGGCGAUUCGCUAGACAAGGCGGCGGAGAUCUCCGACGAGAACGACUCCAUGGAUGCGACUUGGAAGGCGAUCAUGGAGAAGACCCCGCGAGGCAGGGGAACACUAGGCAAGGCCGAACCGCCGCGGCCGUCGCCGGCACCGGCAGCGAUACGGGCGAGGCUGCCGUCGGCGACGGGUCGCGAAGAGUGGAACCAGAGAUUCGACGAUUUCAUAAAGAAACGGCACGAUCAAAUCCGGCUCCAAAGGCAUGAAUCGAACCAGAGAAGAUUGCAGAACCAGGAUCAUGAACUCCACUAAUCUCUCAUUCCAAAACUCCAAAAAAAAACAUACACUAUCAAUCAACUAAUGGUUUGCAAUAGAUCAAUAAUAUUUCUCGAAGAGUGAUUGAUCUGCUUGAAGAAACUCAUCAUUCAGGGUAUUACUUCGAAUGAUUUGGGAGUGUGCCUUGAUGAAGAGAUUUUGUUGAUAUUUUUCACCAUGGUUUUUUUGCUUGUGUGGUGUCAGAAGCAUAGGUUGCUAUUGCAUGUUGCUAUGGUUUCUUGUAAAAGAUAUAAACAUAUUAUGUUUUUCUUUGUAUAAAUCAAAUGCAUUGUGUUUGUAAAA